CGCGAAGGCGGGGGGUUAAUGUUAAUCGGCCCUACCUCGCUGAAUCCGGGAUCCCUUAGCCACGAAACAUCACGCACAUACCUCCCUCUCUAAUGUAAUCUUCCAAGCACAAACAAUACAGGGCGAACAUUCUGUCUCUAUCUCUCCUGAAACCAUGGCGCCCUCACUUAUAAAUGUCUUCCGGACAGUUCCGAAAGAGCUUUUCCGCGUCAAUUACGGAUUGGCGAUUCGUCUUCGAGAGUGGUCCCUACAGCGACAGCGCAGUUAUGACAUCCUCACUGAUUCUGGUCGCGUGAAGGCAAAGGCUCUCGAUCCACACAAUUAUAAGCCUCCGAACGGCGCCUCUAUGCGACCAAUGGGUUUUUAUCAGAAGAAGCUCGUAGCACAGCUUCGGGGGGAAAGUGGUGUAAUAUAUUGUAUACCUGCUGACUUAAUCUUAGUCCACGAACAUACUGAUCACUACUCCCUCCAGGCAGCGACAGAAAUGUCACUUGAACAAUUGAACACCAAGAUAACCUCGUUCUUGGCGUCUAGUGGGACCAUCAUGGAUAAAAAACAAUGGCUUCAGGAGUAUACAGGCACUGGUAGGUCGUAAAAUGAAUUAGGUCUAUGAAAAUUCAAGUCGCCAGAAGAGAUACUAUAAUGGCUAGCAAAGGAUUUGGCAUAGCCACAUCGCCCGAUAUGCUUGGCACAUAGAUCUAUGCUG